UUAGUUUUGUAUUUCACUUUGGAGCGACAAGACGUAAAAAAAAUAUAGAAAAAUGAUGUCUGCCGAUGCAACCGCCGCUGAGCGCGGAAAAUAUUGCUUUGCUAUCGAUCGUGGUGGCACCUUCACCGACGUGCUGUGCAUCUGUCCCGGCGGUCGAGUGCGCACUAUGAAAUUAUUAUCAGAGGAUCCCGAGCGUUACGCUGAUGCGCCUAGGGAAGGCAUACGACGCAUACUUAAGGAGGAAACUGGCAAAGAGCUGGCUGCCUCUGGCUUGGUGGAUACAUCCAAGAUAGGUUGGGUGCGCAUGGGCACAACUGUGGCCACCAAUGCGCUGCUCGAACGCAAGGGCGAUCCAGUUGUGCUGGUGGUCAACACAGGUUUUCGCGAUUUGCUCUACAUAGGCAAUCAGGCGCGACCCAAAAUCUUUGAUCUUAACAUACGCAAACCAGCAAAUCUCUACCAGGAGGUAGUCGAAGUCGACUGCCGCAUAGUGCCGCAGCAGCUGGAGCGCUGUCAACUGACUCAACAGUGGCGUGUGCUGGAGGGCGUGGCUGGCACCAAGUAUUUGGAAAUGGAGCCAGUGAAUGAAGACGCAGUGCGUGCUUCGCUAGCUGCAGCUCGUCAGCAUGGCAUCAACUCAGUUGCCGUCGUGCUGGCUCACAGCUAUGCAUGCCCAGAGCAUGAGGUGCGCAUUGGAGCGAUAGCCACCAAGCUGGGCUUUACACACGUUACGCUCUCCCAUCAGGCCAUGCCCAUGUGCCAGGUCGUUGCUCGUGGCUUCACAGCUUGUGCGGAGGCGUAUUUGACACCCCACGUCGAGCGAUAUCUAGCUAGCUUCAAGUCUGGAUUCGACAAUCAAUUGGCUGGCGUGGAUGUGCUCUUUAUGCAGUCGGAUGGUGGCUUGACCAAAAUGGAAAGCUUCCGCGGUGCACGUGCUAUACUUAGUGGGCCAGCAGGUGGUGUGGUGGGCUAUGCGCUGACUGGUUGCCGGGAAACUGAGCUGCCUUUGAUAGGCUUUGAUAUGGGCGGCACUUCCACGGAUGUGUCGCGCUAUGCCGGCAGCUAUGAGCAUGUGAUUGAAAGCACUACAGCUGGCGUGACCAUACAGGCACCACAGCUGGACAUUAACACUGUUGCCGCUGGCGGUGGCUCGCGUCUAUUUUUCCGCUCGGGCAUAUUUGUUGUUGGUCCAGAGUCUGCUGGCUCGCAUCCUGGGCCUGCUUGCUACAAAAAGGGCGGCCCACUAACUGUAACAGAUGCCAACUUGAUGCUUGGACGCAUAUUGCCAGAAUAUUUCCCCAAGAUAUUCGGACCCACCGAAAAAGAACCACUGGACAUUGAAAUAACCAAGCGCAAGUUUACGGAGCUGCAAGCGGAAAUCAAUGAGCAUUUGCGGAACAGCGGCGACAAUAGACAGCUGACCGUAGAGCAAGUAGCUCUGGGCUUUAUACGCGUGGCCAACGAAACAAUGUGUCGUCCCAUACGCGCACUGACACAAUCUCGUGGCCUGGACACGGCCAAUCAUGUGCUCUCCUGCUUUGGCGGCGCCGGCGGACAACAUGCCUGCGCCAUAGCGGGCAACUUGGGCAUACGCAAGGUGCUGGUGCACAAGUAUGCUGGCAUAUUGUCCGCCUAUGGCAUGGCACUGGCUGAUGUUGUGCAGGAGCUGCAGGAGCCCAGCAGCUUGGAGUACAAUGAAGCGAACGCAUCGCUGCUUAAAGAUCGCUUGGACGCACUUUCCCAGCAAUGCCAUGACAAGCUGGCAGCUCAAGGCUUUCAGCAAAUUGAACUGCAGCCCUAUUUGCAUCUGCGCUUUGAGGGCACCGAUGGUGGUCUGAUGUGUGCGCCCACGCCCAAAGCUGCGCCAGUGCAGUCAGCACUGCUAACAGCUUAUGGCGACUUUCAUGCCACUUUUCUGGAGCGCUAUCGCACUGAGUUCGGCUUUGUGCUGCAGAAUCGUCGCAUUAUUGUGGAUGACAUACGCAUACGUGGGCUGGGCAAGAAUGUGACGCCACCGGAGCAGCAGAUACCAGCUGCAGCAGAUCCGCAGCCGCAGCCUGAGGGCAAAACACGCGUACACUUUGAUGAGGGCUCCUUCGAUGCGCCCAUUUUCUUAACCCACAAGCUGCGUGCUGGCCACAAGAUCAAAGGACCCGCCGUGCUCAUCGAUCAGCUGUCUACGGUUAUAGCAGAGCCAGACAGCAGCAUAGAAGUGACAGCCUUUGGAGAUCUGGUCAUGCAUGUCAAGGCUGGCGGCAAGCAUGGCAUCAAUGCCGAUCUAGAUCCAGUGCACUUGAGCAUAUUCAGUCAUCGCUUCAUGAGCAUUGCCGAGCAAAUGGGCAGAGUGCUGCAACGCACUUCCAUAUCGACGAACAUAAAGGAGCGUUUGGAUUUCUCUUGUGCGCUCUUCGGUCCGGAUGGCGGUCUGGUGAGCAAUGCUCCGCAUAUUCCAGUGCAUCUGGGCGCCAUGCAGGAGACGGUGCAGUAUCAGCUGCGCGUGCGCGGCAAGACGCUCAAAAGUGGCGAUGUCAUACUAUCGAAUCAUCCACAAGCUGGUGGCUCGCAUUUGCCAGACUUUACUGUAAUCACUCCAGUGUUUUACAAAAACCAAGAUCGUCCCGUUUUCUUUGUCGCAUCGCGUGGACAUCAUGCGGAUAUUGGUGGCAUUACACCCGGUUCGAUGCCACCGCAUUCCACUUCGUUGGCGCAGGAGGGCGCUGCUUUCAAGUCCUUUUUGAUUGUUGAGAACGGCGUUUUCCAGGAGUCACAAAUUGUCGAGCGUCUGACCACGCCCAGUGGCGCCAAAGGCGCAACCGGCACACGCAAUUUGAGUGACAAUCUAUCGGAUUUGAAAGCGCAAAUUGCAGCCAAUCAUAAGGGCAUUAGUCUGGUGGCGGAGCUGAUCGAUUGCUAUGGCCUGGAUGUGGUGCAGGCCUACAUGAAGCACAUACAAAUGAAUGCCGAGCUGGCGGUGCGCGAUAUGCUGCGUGAGAUUGGCAAGGAGACGCUGGCGCGCACUGGCGCUUCCAUACUCAAGGCGCAGGAGCUAAUGGAUGAUGGUUCGCCCAUAAAUCUGACAGUUACCAUUGAUGUCGACGCUGGCUCGGCGCUCUGCGACUUUAGCGGCUCCAGUGAGGAAGUCUAUGGCAACUGCAAUGCGCCACGUGCCAUCACCUUGUCCGCUUUGAUCUAUUGCCUGCGCUGCAUGGUGGGUCACGAUGUGCCACUCAAUCAGGGCUGCCUGGCGCCCAUACAGAUUGUCAUACCCAAGAACUCUAUACUGGAUCCCUCCGACGGCGCCGCUGUCGUCGGCGGCAAUGUGCAGACCUCACAGCGCAUUGUGGACACUGUGCUCAAGGCAUUCCGCGUCUGUGCCGCCUCGCAGGGCUGCAUGAACAACAUCACCAUUGGCGAUGAGGAGUGGGGCUACUAUGAGACUGUAGCUGGUGGCGCAGGCGCUGGACCCGGCUGGCAUGGCACUGGCGGCGUGCACUCCCACAUGACCAACACACGCAUCACAGAUCCCGAAAUUCUGGAGCUGCGCUAUCCCAUGAUAUUGUCACGCUUCUGCCUGCGCACAGAUGAGUCUGGCGGACGCGGUCAGUUCAUUGGCGGCGAAGGCGUCGAACGCAAUUUGCUCUUCCGCAAGCCGCUGACGCUAUCAGUGCUAACGGAGCGACGUACUCUGCAGCCCUACGGCCUGGCAGGUGGCUGCCCCGCAAAGCGUGGACGUAACAUAAUCGUCAAGCACGACGGACGUGUCAUAGCUCUGCCUAGUAAGGCUUGCAUCGAUGUUGAGGCUGGCGAUACGUUUGCCAUGAAGACUCCUGGCGGCGGCGGCUAUGGAGAUGCUAGCAAUGCAACAGCUGCAGACGCUGCUGGAAAUUCUGAGCAAUCUAGACGCUUCAUUGAGCGCGGCACCGUCCACGAAUAUCGCCAGGCACAAGAGUCUGCCUAAACGAUCAACGGAUCAGAGGCCCUUAUAUUCAUAUCCUUACACCUAAUCAAAUGAAUUAAUGAAUUUUACUUGCACAUAUUAAAUAUACACUUACAAAA